AUGACAAGUGAUCAAGAGUUUUGCGAAUGCAGACCUUUGGGUUUCUUCUUAGGAUUACCCUUUGCUUUCUUGUCAUUAAUUUUAUCUCUUCUAGGUGCUAUUCUUUGGAUUUUCGGGUCAAUAUUUAGUUGCUUGUGUCCAUGCUGCAUAUGCUGCACAGGUUUGGUCGAUUUUGCUGUGUGUUUGGUGAAGCUUCCUGUUCAAGUUCUUAGAUGGUUCGUUGACCAAAUUCCUUGUUAA